AUCACCUCCACACCAAACUCCACAGCGACUCCAAGUUUCCCUCGGUAGGCAGCUUCCAUCUCAUCUCCGGCGAUGUCUGGGCGCGGCAAGGGCGGCAAGGGGCUCGGCAAGGGCGGCGCCAAGCGCCACCGGAAGGUGCUCCGCGACAACAUCCAGGGCAUCACCAAGCCGGCGAUCCGGAGGCUGGCGAGGAGGGGCGGCGUGAAGCGCAUCUCGGGGCUCAUCUACGAGGAGACCCGCGGCGUCCUCAAGAUCUUCCUCGAGAACGUCAUCCGCGACGCCGUCACCUACACCGAGCACGCCCGCCGCAAGACCGUCACCGCCAUGGACGUCGUCUACGCCCUCAAGCGCCAGGGCCGCACCCUCUACGGCUUCGGCGGCUGAGCGCCGUGAGCUCGCCGGCUGACCCUGCUGUUUCCUGCGUGGCU